CAUGUCACUUGUUUUGUAUGUGUUUGUAAUUAAAUGGCGAUUCGUGAACAGUUUUGUUCUACUGUGUACAUAUGAAUUCUAAGAAAUUAAUCGCUUUCAGUGGUUUAAAAUACAGUGAAUAUUGAUUUUUUGGUUACAUCUGGAGCCAAAAUGCGGUCGGUGGUAGAAAUAGGUGCGAGUGUUCCAGCUUUCCUUGGGAAGUUAUGGAAAUUGGUGAAUGAUACAGAGACAAAUCAUUUGAUUUCUUGGAGUCCUGGAGGAAAAACCUUUGUUAUUAAAAAUCAGGCAGAUUUUGCAAGAGAAUUGUUGCCUCUGUAUUACAAACACAAUAAUAUGGCCAGCUUUAUCAGACAAUUAAAUAUGUAUGGUUUCCACAAAAUUACAUCUGUCGAAAAUGGUGGAUUACGCUAUGAAAAGGAUGAAAUAGAAUUUUCCCAUCCUUGUUUUAUGAGAGGACAUGCAUAUCUAUUGGAACAUAUAAAAAGAAAAAUUGCAAAUUCAAAGUCCAUAGUGAGCAGUGACAGUGGAGAGAAAGUUUUGUUGAAACCAGAGUUGAUGAAUAAAGUGCUGGCAGAUGUGAAGCAAAUGAAGGGCAAACAGGAGAGCCUUGAUGCAAAAUUCAGUGCUAUGAAGCAAGAAAAUGAAGCCCUGUGGCGGGAGGUGGCCAUUCUUCGUCAGAAACAUAUCAAGCAACAACAGAUUGUGAAUAAUCUCAUCCAAUUCCUGAUGUCUCUAGUGCAGCCAACAAGGCCACCUCAAGGCAAUGGAAACAAUGUUGGUGUCAAGAGGCCUUACCAACUUAUGAUAAAUAAUGCUGCCUACAAUUCGGGAUCUGAUGGAAACUAUCCUGGUAGAUUGAAGAAUGUCAAACUGGAGAAAGAAGCAUUAAUGGAAGAGUUGAUAGAAGAUAACUUGGAGGAUGGGCCCACCAUUCAUGAACUAGCCCAUGAUGACAUUUUACAUAAUGAUGCCACUCAAGAAUCAUUGGACCCUGAAGAGUAUGUUAGCAUAGAUGUUCCAGUGUUGGAUCCUAAUGUUGCCUCAGAGCACAGCCCUAUAGAUCCAGCUACGAUGCAAUACCAUGUUACUUUGGAGGAUGGAGAUGAUGCAGAAUCAGAAGCAGCAAGGACAGUCCAAUUCUACCCUAUUUCACAGUCCAGUGGCACCUUACCUGUAGACACAAUAUCUGCUACAGCUUCUCCAACAAUGACAUCCCCUGCAUCCCCAGACACUAUUAAAUACGUAGUAGUAUCCCCUGGGACAUCAAGAACCAAAACAAGACACACUAAAGCAAAGUCUCCUAUCAUUCAGAAUGUGAAAUCAUUAAUGACACCUAGCAACUUCAACAGUAUGAACCCUUCAGCUGAUUUAAGGCUUCCGGCUGAGAUAUUUGCUAGUGAUGACUCUGUCAGUGAUGCUGGUGUUCCAGUCUCUGAAGAUAUAUCGGUACAGAACUUAUUAAAUGAUAUUGUUACUGAUGCAAACCCCAGCUCAUCAUCUGCUACCAAAGAUAAAAUGCUAGGAGGCAUAAGGCUAGAGAAGUCCAAUGGAAAACCUGUAUCUAAAAAGGCAAAGAAAACACCAAAAGAUGUUCCUGAAUAUGUGAAUUUGGCAGACAUUAAGACUGAACUUCAAGAUGGCAUUGAUUGGAGUAUUGCUACAGUUAACAAUAAUACUAAUGUGAAUAGGUUUCAAUCAAGGAUUAGGAGAGAUAACAACGGGAAAAGUCGAGAGGAACUUGCUUCCCUUUUAGCGCCAAAUGCAAACAAGAAUGAUAUUGAUGAUCAUUUGGACACUAUGCAGUCGGAUUUAGAAUCGCUUCGGGAGCUUCUACGAAGCGACUCUUACUCACUUGACACCAAUACUUUGAUGGGGAAUGCUGAUGCGAGCAUAGGACCUAUGAUGUCCUUCGCCAUUCCUACCUGCCAACCCACCACAAAUUUAUUUGGAUCUGAUGAUCCCUUUUAUGGGCUCUCUUAUAACUUGGAUGAUCGAGCUAAGCCUUCUAACAGUGAUACAACCAAACAGUAUCCGAUGAUUGAUUUUGAUUGGCUGAUUGGUAGCAGCGAGGCAACUGCCGCCAAGUAGCCUGCUACUACCACAUCUUUCAAGACAUCUUCAAGAUGUUUGUGUAUGUCGUAACAAUAUGACAUUGGAUUUUUUUGGUAAUGGGGUUAGUUUAAUCGUGGAGGCAUACUGUAGCAGGCACCGUGUUACCAGUUUCGUGAAGCGUUUGGUGAUCUGCUAAUAAAUUACUCUAUUUCAAAAUAAUACUAUUCUAGGAAGUGGAGGUUCUAAGGAUAUUACGUCUAGGAUUAAAAUAAUUAAGUAGGUAUAUUGUUAAAAUUUCUGUACAAUAUUGUUAUGAAAACUACCACAUAAAAUAAUUAGUAAGGUAGGUAUAUAUUAAGAAUCGUGUUUAAGAUCGAUUGCCAAUUGUUUAUGGUUUGUUUUUUAAAUCAUUAAAGCAAAGAAGCACAAAGGUGAGCUAUCGAAUGUUAGCAGUGACGGGAAUCGUGCCAAGGAUCUGUAUACGGGAGAUGAUGAUGGUAUUAAUUCCUUUUUGCUGUAAAAUCGCUGCACGGUCGAAAUAUAGUUUACAUAGCUUUAGCAAACUGCAUGCGAUUGCCGAAUUCGGGACCAAUAAAAAGUCGAAUGGACGGACCAUAUUUAUAUUUAUCUCUAAUCUUACACUACAUACUUAUUUACAUUUUUACAUGUAAUCGUUAACUUUCUUGGUUUGAACAACAAAAUGUAUUAAUACAAUAAACUAUUAAUUUCUAUGCAUUUUAAAUUUGUUUAUACCAAUACUUGUUUAAGUUUAGUGUACGUAGUAAGUAGGAAGUUGUAAAGACAUUAUUUCUUCACUUAUGAUAUAAAAUGAAGUUAUAGUCAAAUUAUUGCUUUGGCAUCUACAGUAUAUGUAUUUUAUGUUUAUUAGUAUAUAGAUAUUCGUUGCUUAAUUGAUGCUUUUAUUAUUGUACAGAAACUAUUAUUGUUGCGUAGUUCGACAAAACUAUUAAAAAUAAGUAAAUUGAAGCAGAAUAAAACAGGAUUAUGUACAUUAUAUUUUUGCUCGUCUGUUCGCUGUAACAGUUACUUGUGCAUGGGUUACCCAUUAUGUAUUUCGAGCUGUAGGUAGCAAUACUUUAUUUUGAGCUGUAGCUAGGAAUAUUUAUUUUCUUUUUCAUAUAACGAAUUUCGUUAAUUACCGUGUGAUUUUUAAUUCUUGCAAGAUGUAACAGAAUACAAACAGUGAUGGAUGAUCAUGAGCUUUCUUUUAUUGCAUAUACAUUCGAGAACGCUCCACGAAAGAAAACAAAGAUGUGGCCUAUCUGUUAAAUAGUUCCAGAUAUGGCCGCCGGACUUACUUUCGUGGCGCGUUCUCUAGUUUUGCUUUACGAGUACCUUUAGAUAGAUUUGUGAAAGUGUAUGUAUGCUCCCUUUACAAAUUGCCAAGCUGUAAUAUAGGGUGUUAGUCUAUUUUGUAUUUCUACAGCAAUAUACAAUGCAACAUUAAUAUAUGGUAAUUUAUAUUGAUAAAAUUAUAUAAAUUUGGUAAUUUUAGGCCAAAUAUAAAACUUUUCUUGUUUCUUAGUUUACUAAACAGUGUAAUGGUAGUCUUAUCUAUAUAAUGAAAAGAAGAUAACCAUUACGUUGCGUUAUGGUAAGGAGGUGAAAAAUGCAUUGCCAGUUUUUUUUUUUAAUUGACCAAUUAUAUCUUAAAACAUAGCGUAAAUCAUCCUUAACUAUGAAAAUAUUACAGUUUUCUUGAUAAGUAAAUCAACUUUGGAACUUGUGAUAUUUUCCUAGUGUCAUUACUGCAUAAAAAAUAUUGUAUCAUUUUCAUUGGAGAUAUAAGCGUUUAUUCUUGCCUAUUGUAUACAACUUAUAACUUUUUUGUAUAUUUAAAUUGUUAAUUGUUUUUCUUGAAUGAAUUUCAGUUGAAGAGAAUCAGCUUAUCUCGUAUACAGGGAAUAUUCCAGACUUUGAAGACAUAGAUAUGCCAGAAUUGGAGGGCGAUGGUACACAAGAGGCGGCUGCGGCGUCUUCCCCCUGCCCCUCUACCCUGAACACCCCGCAAGUGGAGGUGCACUCACCAGCCACAUGGAAGUUGAGACCAUGAGGCAAGUCUAAGAAAAGAAAUUGCAGGAAAAAGAAAUACAAGUGAAUCACUAAGCUGUACUUUAUAAUAGAUAGUGUUGUACUGGUGUCUAGUAUUACAUCGGUCAGUGCAGUGCAAAUGAUGUUACAAAAGUAAUAAAGUUGAAUAUUACUAUGACGUCAAGUAUAGAUUUUUUUUAAGUUAAUCAAUAUCGUGUUCAUUCUGAGCGCUCAUAUAAAAGAAAAAAGUCUGUCUUUGAGUACUGUUCUGAGAUCGCGUUUAAUUGGAAGUUCAGAAAUAAUAUUUUACAGUUAUUAUUUUACAAGUUGAGCAUUUAUUAAUUGUCCAUACUAUAACCUGUAGAAGCACAGCACACGAUGUUGAAGUCGUGAGAACAGUCUACUUUUGUGCCUUAAAAUAUUAGGUACAUAUAAUAAAUUAUAUUUACAAGUGCAAUAUAUCUAUAAUCACGUGCCUAUAUUGCGUGACACCAACUAGUCUUCGUCAGCGAUAUCUUUAGUAUCUUACAUAGUAAAUCUUAAUCUUUCAUAGCGGCGUUUUAAAAUUAUGUAAUUUAUAUGCAAACCAAAUUACGAAUAUUUCUGGAAGUAAAUAGUUGAUCAUGACAGUUUUGUUGUGAUCUGACAAAUACAAAAAUAUACGCAGUUAUAUACCAAGAUGGCAUUGUUAUUGAUUAUUGUAAUGUUAUUUGUUACGCGCAGAGUGAUCACGAUAGUUGACUAUGGUCAAUUUAGACGCGCAGUAAGACUGUUGCGUCGAAAAGGCAAGCAAAUUACAAUUAUAAAUUGACUAGGUAUUGCUUAAACAUUUGUAUAAUGUUUUAAUAUAAUGUACCUAUACCUAUUUUGUAUAUACCUAGUUCCUUAAAAAUAAGCUUGUACACAAAAUGUAAAUACAUUAGCUGUUUUGUAAGAAUAUUGUUGAUUGAAUUACAUUCAAAAGGGUUGAGACUUGGGCUGUGAUGGUUUGUACCAUUAUGGCAUAGAUUAGGUAGGACUGAUGCAGCCUAUGUAUUUUCAUAAUCUGUAUAAAUAUAUAAGAUUACUUAAGUAGCUACCUAUUUAGAUUUACACAUGUCUAUCAUUCGUACGUAUGUAUCUUCAUCACAUUGGUCUAUCUAAAGUAUAGGUCUAUCAAGUUGAUAUACAUAUAUAGUUGCCUCUUUAUCGACUAGCCACUAGCGAUAAAGAGACACGAUAGUAUCUCAUAACAGCCGACCAGCCAUUUAGUGAGCUGCUUCAUACAUUUUCGGUUUGAUAAGCUUAAAUUCGUGGGAGUGAUAUGUAGUAACACCCACGAUUAGUUCUUUGCACUUUGAACUUUCAAAUUCAGUGAAAUGAAGUUUGAGUGCAGACAUUAUAUGUAUAUUGUAUAAUUUAAUGCCACUAUUUUACGCUAUAGAAUAAGUCUGCAAUCGAUUUCUUACGAAAUCACUUUCUAUGCUCUGUUCUAUUAUCAAAAUUACUAUAUAAGUCGCCCUCAUUAAUCUUUGUUUUCACAGAAAUAAAUUAUUUAUGUGAAAACAAAGAGGAUACUAAAAAUAUGCUCUGGAGAAUACUACCAAACGGUUUUCACAUAAUUGUAUAUUAAUUAAAAUAUUUCAUUACAUUUGUCCUUAAAACUAUCAUCUCUAUGAGAGUCAAGAGUUGAAUAUUUAAUUUUAUAUGAGGGUGUCACUUAUAUAGCUCUCAUUGAUUGUGCUGCAAAAUGUGAAAAAUAUAUCUACGUACCUAUAGAUUUUUGAAUAAUUUAGCCAUUGUAUAUUAAAAUUCUAUAAUUAUGAACAAAGUUUGAUAGAAUAUGAUACUUGUAAGGAUGUAACUUUAAUUAAUGAUAAGUUAUUUUAACCUUAUAUUGUAAUAAAGUAUUGCUAUAAUGUGAA